GCCCACCCACUGGAACCCGAACCCGGGCCAGAGUGGGCCCUUGUGCCAGUCCCUUCCCCUUGUCCCUUCCGCUCUCUGCACAUUUGCUAUUGGUCGUCUUAAAGCAGAAGGGCGCGAGAGCAGUAUUGUGCCACUUCAGAAACCGCGAUGCUCCUGACAGCAUAAUUUCUCGCCAUAGAUGAAGGGACUGCCUGUAUAGCCAAAGAGAUGUACCUGGGUUGUGGCUAGAAAUUUAAAAUUUAUCUUUAGAUCUUAGGUCUAAACUGAGCUAGGUUAUUGCUGAUUUGUUACCAGCUUUUGGAGAUUUCUCUUUGAUCUGUUCUUAGCUUUUAGAGCAGAUGUGCGUACUUUCUGCAUAUACCUGUAACAUCAGUUAAUAUUAAGGUUUCCUCAUCUGUAAGAUGGCGGUAAACCCUGUACCUGUGAGGAUGGAGAUGAGCGUCUAUAGCACGCAGACUUACUCCACGUGCACUGCUUUCCACUGUUAGGAGGUACCUGGCAGAGAGCACGGUGCAUGUAUGAGGGAGCUGCGCCUGGCAAACGCAAGCUUGAGAACACGGAAAGCCCUUUUUUCUUGGCAACUCUAACGAUGUCUGACAAAAACCAGAUAACAGCCAGAGUUUCCCUUAUCGAGCAGCUGAUGUCUCAGAGGAAUUUUGAGGAUCUCGGCAAUCACCUCACUGCGCUGGAAACUCUGCAUGUGACUCCAGAGCACCUUCAGGAGACGGAGGUGGUCAGGGUGGUGUACAGAGUCCUCAAAAACUGCCCCACAGCGGCUUUGAAGCAGAAAGCCAAGCAUUUGCUGUCAGAAUGGAAAGCGCUGUAUAAGUAUACUCUCUGCAAGCCAGAGGGCAGCCCUAAACAAUUUCCUCCGGGUGGAAGUCAAGAAGAAAAUCAAGGCCUUCCUCCUGACCCAAAUCAGGAGGAGGUGGUACGGAGCAGCUCCAGGUAUAAUUCUCUAUUCACAUCCCAAGAUGUGGCAGGAGCCGUUGAAACGAUCGUGCCGGAAGAUAGCUGUGGCGGAGCAGAGCCUAAGGCAGUGCCUGUCAGCACCCAGGACCCCCAGUCCACUGACCUGGCAGCGAGUGGGCAGCCGGACCCUGCAGUGCCCGUGAGAGCCAGAUGCACAGAGCUGCUGUACGAAGCUCUGACUGCUUCCUCCCCAGGCCAGCCCAGAGCCCACGUGUGGCACAACUUGGCACAAGAAAUCGAAGCGCACAUUUUUGCCCUUCACCCCAAGAACCUCCAAAAAUACAAAACGUGCAUCCGCAGCAAAGUGGCCAAUCUGAAGAACCCCCACAAUUCUCACUUACAGCAGAACUUGCUUUCUGGGACCACGUCUCCGAGGGAAUUUGCCGAAAUGACCACCAUGGAGAUGGCCAGCCAGGAACUGAAGCAGUUGAGAGCCUCCUAUACGAAAUCUGCCUUACGGGAACAUUACCUGCCCCAAGUGGUGGAGGGUACGCCAACCAGGAAAAUAAAAUGCAAGCGCUGCGAGAAAUUCAACUGCCAGGUCACCAUCAUCCCCAGAGGGACACUCUUCCUUCCAAGUUGGGUGCGGAAUUCAAGCCCAGAUGAAGAAAUGAUGACCUAUGUCAUCUGCAAUGAGUGUGGGGAGCAGUGGUAUCAUAACAAGUGGGUGUGCUUGUGAUUAUAAAUAAAUGUUCUUUUAAGAGCA